UUUGCUCACUCAUUCUACACCACACUGAUAGGCAUAUGUGCAUUUAUAUUGUGCAGUGUUUUUGCUCUUUCUCAUAUUUGUGUUGAUGUGCGUAUGUGACGUUUAUUUUGAUAGAAAAAUAAAGUUUUUAUUUGUUGUGUUGUGUGUUAAUUAUAUCGGAAAUUGUUUAUGGAAGGUUUUAUUUCAAACAAUUUUCUUUUUAAUAUUUUUGUGCAUAUUUUCAACGGUAUAGACAAAUGUGUCGAGAGAGAGAAAACUGAAGAUAUUUGAAGCAACUAGAGAAGUGUUAAUCUCGCUUAUGAAAGAAACUAAAAAAUAAUGGAACACAUAGAUAUAACAUUAUUAAUAAAAAAAAUAAAAGCCAAACCCGUACUAUGGGAUAAAUUUACGGAAACUUACAUGGACAGGAUUGCUACGAGAGAUGCCUGGCGUGAAGUGUGUGAAGCGCUUCACCCAAACUUUAAAAGUCUGAGUAUAAAUGAGCAAGCUACAUUUCGUGUAGAAGUAUUCAAGAGGUGGAAAAAUCUUCGAGACUGUUAUUUAAAGCAUAAGAAUAAAAGAAUUCAAGCGACAAAAAGAAAUGGAUCUGCACCAAUAAGAAUUAGAAAAUAUAUAUAUGCUGAUCAAUUGUCAUUCCUGAACAAAAUUUAUGAAAAAGGUAAAACGAUCGAUUGCAUGGAUGAGAAGGAGGAAGUUUCAAAUGAAUCGUCAUCAAGUGCUAAAACAUCUACAAAGCAUAAAAGAAUGAAUGAAGUUAGUACGCAAAUUAUAAAAACUGUAGAGGAAGAGAAAUUUUGUUACAAAGCGACUUUCUUGAAAAGCCUUAUGCUUCAUCUCGAAAAAUUUAAUAAUGCGGAAUUUCUGCAGUUUCAAAUGGGAGCCUUAAAUCUUAUACAAAACAUCAAUGAUAUAAAGGAAAACUCAUCGAAUAGUCUUCAUGUAACAUCAACACGUUUUCAAUCAAAUCAACCUCUUUUGGACCCGUUAAUUACUACUGAUCAAAUUGAAUCACCAUCAAUGAAAUAGUUAGCUGUUUUAUGAUAUUCCAACCAGUUCAAUAUUUCAAAGGAUAAGGAAAGCAUCUAUCCAUUUAGAGACAGACUGAUAAAAUACUAGUAUUUUUUAUAAUUUCUAACUUUUGUAUUAUAUUUAUAAAUAUAUUUUUAAAAACAUAUAUUUU